AUGUUGACUUACAUAGACGUACAUUUUAUUUACACACUACCGGUCGUUGCAGUAUUAGCGUUGAUAACAUGGCCGUUUAUAAGUCGCUUUGAACUGUUUAAAAUCGGAUUCGUCUGUACGAUGGCGUUUGUGUACACAACACCAUGGGACAAUUAUAUAAUCUUCAACAACGCCUGGAUGUACAAGCCCAAAAACAUUUUAGCCGUCAUAGGAUAUGUGCCCGUUGAAGAGUACAUGUUUUUCGUCAUACAAACCCUUAUGACAUCACUGUGGGCCUUGAUUCUUACCAGGUGGUCUCCGGCUUGUUUCAAUUUCAAUUUCAAUAAGACAAGCUACACACUGAUCCGAUGGAUACCGAUAUUAGUCUUAGCUAUGACAACAAUUCAGGGCUACAACAUAGCUGUACCGGGUAAAAACACGUUCUAUUUGGGCUGCAUCAUGUGGUGGUCGUGCCCCGUCAUAAUGUUCCUAUGGUACGGUGCCGGUAAUUACUUUGUUAAAAAGUCAACCUCGUCAGCGAUCGCAGUUAUUGUUCCCACUUUGUACCUCUGUUGGGUCGAUCGCAUAGCGCUCAAAGACGACGUAUGGCACAUAAACGAGAAAACCUCGUUGAACAUAUUCGUCGUCGAUGAUUUACCGUUCGAGGAAUGUCUGUUUUUCCUGAUCACCAACAUGAUAAUCGUCUUGGGCAGCAUGGCUUUCGACAAGUCCUACGGGCUUGCGGACACAUAUACGUUCGAAUUUUCACUCUGUUCCAGCUCAAGUUGGAACUACUAUAGUCAGCAAAUGCAACAAUUCGUGAGGGCCGAAUGCGACAUGUCGCCGAGUCCAGUCAGCGACAUCAGACAGUGUUUAAACGUACUUAAAAGAGCUUCAAAAUCGUUCAACGUGGCCAGUCUCGUUUUUCCAGCAGGAAUCCGUUUGCAUUUGAUUAUACUAUACGCGUUUUGUCGGGUGACGGAUGACAUGAUCGACAGCGAGCCGAAGGUUGGCGUCAAGAAGCAGAAACUAAAGCUGAUUGAAACGUUCAUCGACGAACUGUUUGCGGAUAGAAGCUCGGACUACGACGUGAAGACGUCGAUAACUCCGCGGAAACCAGAGGUGAACUGGGAACAGUACCGCCUAGAUCUGACCGACGAGGAGCUGUCGUGCUUCCGGGCCAUAUCGCGGAUAUCGUUUUACUUGCCCCGGAAACCUUUCUACGAACUGCUCGACGGCUACCGGUGGGACGUGGACGGAAAAACGGUCCAGAACGAGACUGACCUACUGUUAUACUCGAGUUACGUGGCCGGUAGCGUGGGGACGCUGUGCGUGUACGUGAUGGUAUACAAAAGUGGUACACAGAUCAACGACGAUAAAAGGCACGAUUUCGUUAUCGAAAAAGCGCAACAGAUGGGACAGGUGCUACAGAUCGUCAACAUCUCCCGGGACAUCGUUACCGACAGCGAAACGCUAGGCCGGUGCUACGUUCCCUCCGAGUACAUGGACGACGUGGCCGCGGAUGUAAACACCCUGUGCAGCGACAGGGAUCCGUGGACCCUCGGCUCCGACAAGCUGAAAUCGUACGCCACGCGCAUGAUCAGGCUGGCCAACCGGUACCAGCUGGAAUCGCUGGAGGGUAUCCGGUACCUCCCGUACGAGGUGCGCGGGCCCGUGCUGGUGGCCACCGACAUCUACCGGGGCGUGGCCUGUGCGGUGGAGGCCAGUCCGACGUACCCGCGGAGGGCGUCGCUGGGCAAAUGGGACAAGAUCUUCGUAGGGGUCAAUUCGCUGUACUUCAAGAGCUUGAAGUACUUUUUCCAAUCCGACCACUGUAAGCACUGUUGA